AUGUUGUCCGACAAGGAGAAACUCGAACACUUUCUGCAGACGAACAGGCACAUCAAGUACAUUCGCGUUCAAUGGAUCGACUACUCUGGCGUGUUACGUGCCCGCUUCGUCCCCGUCGAGCGCUGCCUCCGAAUCGCCAACGGCGAUGAGACCAUCCACCUCGCCCAGAACAGCAUGCUCAUACCUAUCUCUACCGCGCCCAAGAUAUUCCCUCUCAGCGACCACCAUGAGACCUGGGACCUGCGUCCAGAUUGGUCCUCGUUGCGCCCCUGCGGCUUCCUAAACAACCAUGCUACCGUCAUGAGCUUUGUUGACCAGCAGGAGGCAGAGACGAGGUUUGACAAAUGUCCGCGCAUGCGUCUAGUCCAAGCGCUUAAACGACUCGAGCAUGAGUGGGGUGCAAAGGUCAAGAUUGGCUUUGAGAUCGAGUUCAUGCUCUUCGGCAGUGAUAAUAACAGGAUUCGCCCGAUGGAUAGGCUGAAUGGCUACUCGAGAACGGCUGGGCUACGGGCAUCGACGAUGAACCUCGUCGACGAGAUUCUCAAUGCUUUGGAGCGAUCUUCCAUUCGCAUUCAUCAUUUCCACGCGGAGAUCGAGGAUCAGCUAGAGAUUGCUCUUGCUCCCGAGCCCGCCCUUGACGCCGUCGAUUCGUUGGUUCUAGCACAAGAAACCAUUCGUACGCCGUGUCUGUCCGGACCGUUAAACGGCUUACAUCUCCAUCUUUCGCUCGACAAGAUCGAAGGUGCAUUGCCAGACAACUUUCUUGCCGGCGUCCUUGAUCACAUGAACGCGCUCUGCGCAUUCGGAAUGGCAAACUACGACGGCUACGUCCGCUCUUCCAAUGAUGCCGCGGGUGCUUGGAUUGGAUUCGGCACUGAUAACCGUGACAUGCCGGUGCGGAAAAUCAGUGACUGUCGUUGGGAGUUCCGCAUGAUGGAUGGAACUUCUAAUCCCUACUUGUUCGCCGCAGUUGUUUUAUACGCCGGUUUAGAUGGACUUGCAAAAAAGACAGAGUUACGAUGGAAGGAUUGCACUUUCUUCCCGCACUUGAUGACUGAGGAAAUGCGCGUAGAGCAUGGCAUGGACGUGCCCAUGCCAGUCUCACUUCGAGGGGCAUUAGAUUGCUUGAAGAAAGAUACUGCUGUGGCAGCUUGGAUUGGUGAUGACUUGUUGAAGUGGUACAUGUCCGUCAAAGAGAAAGAGGUAGAGGAGUUCAGCAAGAUGCAUGACGACCAGAGGCGGAUUCGCUUCUUGGAGUACUUCUGA